AUUAGGACCUUUAACGUCCUGCUUCCUGGGCUUGCUGCAUCGGGGAGGGGGGGGGGAUGUCCUACGUCACCCGUCCACCUUGUGCCCUGUUCUGCACACAGCCUCUCUCCAGCGACCCUGCUGGGCAGCCGACUGCAACCCAGGACUGCAGAGGGAGGGCAGUGCCAGGCUGGAGAGCAGCAGAGAGCCAGGCAAACCUAAUUUCCAGGCUUGGGGACAGAUGCCCUCAGGGAAGCACCCGUGUGCUGAUACAGGGCGGGGCAGGAGCGCCUCCCUUUGUGCCUGAGGAGGAACUAACCUCUCACAGAGCCCCUGCAGCCCACCUGCCCAAGACUCCAGCCUCCAACCAGUUCCCCCCACCCUCUGUGUCAAAGUUUAGCAGCCCGAGGGGCGGGCCACAAGAGCAGGGAAAUUACAGCUUUGCACCCGGAUUGCCUGAAACCUGGGGGCGGAUUCCUCUGAGGACCAUUCCGUUCAGGAGGGGAGAGAAGCACAGAGAGGGGACACUGGUGAACGGGACCAGCCCCUGGCUCACCUGGAGGAGGACAGACAAUCCACAAACACAGAGAGAGCCAGAACCGACCUGGGCUCGAGGAAGAAGGCAGAGCUGGAAGGAGGCAGCCGUCCCUUCGGGGGUCUUCUCCCCCAAGGUGUCUGGGGGCUGCCCGGCCUGCCACCCCCAGACAAGACAGUGCUGUCAGAACUUGGCUCCUCCAAGACCAGGGCUGUGGCUACAUCCUCGGACUUGUGCCUCCACCAUCAGGCAGGUAGUUUUCCAGGAGCCCAGACUCCAUCUUUCCCCUCCCUGGAGCAGGGUCACAGCCUUCUGCCACCUUCCUCUCUGCCUGCAGUGCCUAGGCCAGAGCUGACCUCAGAGGAGAAGGCCCAGCUGCUGAGAAGAACAUCUGUCAUCUCAAAUAAGAGAUAACAAGUGGCCUCUUCAGCCCAACCCCUGGGCCGUCUCACUGCAGUCCCCCUCAAGGUGUUGUCUGAGUCAUUAGGCCCACUGGUUCCUAUGGGUCUGAGGCUCGGCUUUGCCACUUACUGGCUGUGUGACCUCAGAUUUGUGACUUAACCUCUCUGAGCCUCAGUCUUUCAUCAUCAACACCUGCUGUGUAGGGUUGCCAUGACGAUGGAAUGACUCAACCACUUACACUGCCACCGUUCCCAGGGACACAGAGAUACCACAGUAUAUAUUAGUGUGAUCCUGGCCACCUCUGAACUCCCAAGGGUAGGGGAACAAGGGCUGGGACACUGGGUGGAGGACAGUGAGCCUAGCACCUGCCUGUGAAACCUUCUUGGAACUUGGGUUUUCUUCUGCAGUGGACCAGACAGCCUCAGGCCCGCAGUCUCUAAGCUAUGCCCACUCUCUCUCGAAUCUGGGCACCAUGCUGGGCCUGGCACUGGAGGAGCUCAGGACCUACCACUUUGGCAUCCUGAUUCUUUUUAAGCUAAAGUCCUUGAAAAGCAAGCAGGGCACAGUGACCUUCGAGGCUGUGAGAAAGGUACCCUGGAACGUUCCUGCCCCGGGGACAGAAGGCGGGGACAGCUGCACUGCAGACCUUUCCAAGGACCCCUUAUCCUGGGGACCCACACCCACACAGCCCCUCACACCAGGGCACAGAUGCUACCCCACUCCUCCUGCACAUCUGGCCCAGGUCAGUUUAAUUCCUGGGCCCAGCCAGAGACUCAAAGAGUAGCAGAGAGCAAAAAUCCAGCCUCUGCUCUGCCCCUGUCAUCUAUCUUGGUCCCGUGCUUCUGUGCUCAGCAGGAAAGGUGAGACUUUUAGAUUCAAUGGCUGCCUGCGUCAGACUCUUCUGAGGUCACCUGCUGCUCAUUGAUUGAAACACGCUGUCUCUAUGGCCUAUGCCCUGUCACCUGCUGCUGCCUGCUUUCUUUCACACUCAUCCCGUCCUCUGGUUCUAAAGCACCGUGGCCCUCAGUCCGAAUCUCAUGCAAGCCCCAGGCCCUUUGCACAGGCUGCUACCUGUUCCUUCCUUCACUUCCAGGAAGGGGCAGGGCAAUCAUGUGCUCAGGGCAGCCUUCUCUGAAGCCCACCCCUCUCUCUCUCCUGCCCAAUCUU